CACCGAGACUGAUCUAUGGUGGAUGAUGUUUUGGCAAACCGUACAGAACCAUGGUCCGGGGUUUUCCUCAAACCCGGCACGGACCAAAAGAAUCCGGAGCAAGCAUUCCGGGAUGUGCUGCUCCCAAUACAGAAAAAUAAACAAGCACGAACAUGUAUACACGGGGAUGAUUCAUAUAUUAAUAUACUAACCAAAAACAGAGCUCUUGGAGACAACAAACAUCAAAAUCAAGUAACGGAGCUAUUCGUAGACAUUCGCAUUUCUUUAGCCACAGCCUUGUUUAAUUGGUCGGCUCAAAGAGGAUUGCCAAAGUCGAACACUAUAAAAUUACUUAAAAGUUUAGUGCUAUAUAAGUCCAAAGAAGCAAACGGAGAAAUGGAAAAUACAACUCUUACCAUGCUCAUGGCUCUACUCUACUCGUAUGACACCAGUAUUUUGCAAAAACAGGAUGACAACCAAUUGAUACAAAAUUUAUAUGUUAUAAAAGACCGCGAAUAUGUGCAACAGAUAUAUUCAGCUUUAAUGGCUGAAUCAAAUUCGGACCUAAACAAUGGAAUUUUGAGUUUAGUGAAAUUUUCAUUCGGCUUGGCGAUUUCUGGUUUGCGCCAUGCAUCACAGUAUUUUCACAAUCAAACAUCAAUAUCGGACUAUGACGAACAUUUGGUAGAUGAGGCAAUUUGUUCAAACAUAUUCAAAUUCAUUUAUUGUUAUCUACUGGAAAAGAAUAUGACAUAUCAACAUCAAUUCUUCUAUAGAAGAGUGCAUAUGUUAUUUACCGACUUUAUUGAUUUCAUGCAUUCCAAAGUAACUGAACUACGUGGAAGAGCAGAUGAAACUUCAAAGACUGUUCUUAGUUUUACCAGUCAAGGUUUGGAACCGCCAAAAAAUUUGGAUCAUAAUUUUGAAAUGCUUCUACUGUGCAUUGGGAAAUUUUAUGCUGAAGACAAGGCUGGACUUUCAUUGUGCUCCGAAUAUUGGGGACCCCUAGAUUCUUCCCCAAAUUAUGUAACAACAACUCGAUCUGUUUCACUUUUUAAAUUCAUACGCUUAGCAGGAGAAUUACUUCCUGCAACUUUAUUUGUUCCUUACUUAAAAAUGAUUGCUGGUUUAUCCAGCUGUGAAAGGUCUUCUCGAAGUACAUUCAAUUUACUAAAGCAAUCAACUGGAUUAACCGGCAGUGCUGCUCUAUCCUGGGAGCACUUUUUUUCUUCAUUAACACGAUAUUACACAAAUUUAAAACAAGAUUUCUACCCUGCUGCUGAAUUGAUAUACAGAAAUAGAAUAAUAAACCGUAAUAUAAAUCCCCAAGAAAUUGAGGGUUUACGAGCGGUAUUGGAGGUAUUGCGCGCUGUGGCUUCUCAUGAUGAGGUAGCAAGAAUUGCAAUUUGCGAACAUCCUAAUUGGAAUCCUCUUUACACAUUAAUAGGACUGCUUAGUUGUUCCGUACCCAUAUACUUAAAAUCUGAUAUUCUAUUGACAUUAACAGCUCUGGCAAAAUCAAAGGAGACCGCUAUACCACUAUGGAACAACUUGGAAGCUUCACAAAUUAUAAAAACACUUCCCUCCAAUAUGAACUACGAUACCUGUAAUUUAGAGAUGGAAAUUGAACAAAAUGAAUGCCGGCUGGAACAUUAUCCACUGACUAAUAGCGUACUUGAUUUAUUAUAUGCUCUGGUAUCCACGGUUAUACCCAAAAAUUUGGGUGGGGGACCAAGAAAACCGGGACUUGAUCCAUAUUUGAACUUUUUAAUCAACGGAAUUUUUUUGAAAUUUUAUAACAGGACAUACAAAGAGCCAUGUGAGAAAUGGAGAGUUGGAUCAAAAUGCUUAAAACUUAUACAUUAUCUAUUAGAUAUUUAUGAAGUGAAUCCAAGAGAUUUUGAAGAAAAUGUUGAUAUGAAUCCACCCCCGGGAUUCCAUGUAAUGCUCAACUUGCAAACAAAAUCAGAUGCAUUGAGAUUGAUUCUACAGAUAAUUGACGAUGCCCGUAAUGAAAUAGACGACCUUAAAAAGUUUAAGGGAAAAGAAGUGUUGGAGGAAUGUGCAUUGCUUUGUUUACAAAUUCUAAAACUAGGAUUGAAAAAUCAGGACAUUUUUUUCGAAGCUCAUUCAAUUUCAAAUAGCUCCGUACUGCUUUUAGAACUCAACAAGAUUCUACUAGAUAUCAAUCCUCGGAGCCGAAAACCGGAUCACGUAUUGAACACAACAUAUUUCUUAACAUAUUUUAAUUGGUUGCCAUACCAUGCUCUUGAAGCGGUUAAAAUCCUUCAUAUGGUGUCAAGCCAACCGGGCGUAAACUCACAAAUAGUCGGAAUUUUUACACAGAACGAGGAGACAAGGAUUGCGCUAAGACAUGGUUUUGUGGAAUGUUUGGAAAUUGAUUUUGCCCAAAGGCAGGCAAAAAUGGAAAAUGAUGGCAAUGUAUCAUGGGAGAAUUUGGAAUCUCCAAAUGUGCAGUUACAACUUAAGGAAGCAAUUAUUAUACUCAUUCAAGAUUGUUUGCGUCAACCAACGCCUAAUCUCGCACAGUUUCUUCUUGGAUUCGAUCAUUUACAAGAAGUACACAUUGCUAAUAAAAAACGAUUGGGUUCAUUAGAUAUUGGGAACAAUUGCACCAAGUCGUUGGUUCACAUAUUAGAAAAACAUUUGCAAUUAAAAAAGAACUUCAAUGAUAUUGGAACGGACGUUGAGAGCAUCGUUGAACGUUCCUUUGGUUUGUUAUUUUCUUUGUGUGAAAAUCCUAAAACAUCCGAUCAAAUAUUGCGACACUUACGUAUAAAUCAGGACUUUCUCUGUCGUUAUUUAUGUGAAUUACCUGUUCAGACCAUGAAAAGUUCUCAUGUCAUAAAUCAGAUAAGCUACUUACUGAGGUGUACAGCAAUAGAAUUAAAAUUGACUGCAUCCAAUUGUCAAUUGAGCAGGUUUCAACAUAUAUCCGACUUUUUUUUGGGCGUGUCUUCGAAAAGCAACCAAGAAACAGCAUCUAUGGAACUUAGCCAUUUUUAUUCGAAAAAGCCCAACACAGUUAUUGAUACGACAACGAAUACAUCAUUGAUAAUGAGAAAUAAUUUAUUAUGUGAACUAAUCGUUGCUGUCGAUUUGGAUGUGGGUCAUAUUCCUGUUCCAACAUGGAACUUCUUUGAUCGAUCAUUACUGAAUCAAAUAUUUAAAGAAUGUGAAUGUAAGACGAACGAAGGAUACAAGAUUAUUGAUCUACGUAAAAUCCACUUGACUUUGCACGGUGAAUUAAAAAUAGUUCAAAGCACAAUAGCAAGUGGACAGCGAAGAUUAAUAUUGCAAGAAAUUGAGUCCGUAAUGUUGUAUGCCCUUAAAGUAAACGAAGAACGAUGCAAACGAAGCGCAAUUGUUAAUUUUAUAGAAGCUUGGAGUCAGUUGUCAGAAAUACUGUUCAGCUGUGUUCCCAAUUCUUGCUUAUCCACAUCAAAGAAACAGGAAUUAAUUAUCGAAAUAUUGCAAACAAUUCUACUUAAAGUAAGUCCAAAUCAAUCCAUUUUGGAGAUAUCUGCAAUUAUAUCGGAAACAAUUUUGAUACUACUUGUUAACUUACGCAAUUGUUUUUCAAAUGCAAUACAAUUCGACUUGGAACGAAACGAACAAAAUUCUGUCGCUGCAAAAAAAUGCCAACCACAAAAAUCCAACACAUUAAAUAUAAAAUUCAUUUUAAAGUACUUGUUGGAAUGGAUAAUUGUAAGCGGAGUGGUGUCACAGAAGUUAAGAAUAAACUUAUAUGCCUCCUUACUAAAUUGCAUCAGCAUUGUACAAGAACAGAGUUUAAAGAAGAGCAUUCCAUACGAAAAUGAAAAUUUUAUUACCCGUUUGGAUAAGUCAAAAGUCAGUGAUAUUGCAUAUUCAGAUGUGACACACAUUAGAAUGGCCGUGGAAGUGCUUUUGUCGUUUGGUGAUAAAUUAAUGGAGACAAUAUGCCACGAUUGCAUAGCUGGUCAUGACAUCUGUAAAAUGACGGCUCUGGCUUGCAUUGACGUUCUACUAGAUAUAGACUCCAUGUCCCACUUAAUGAAGUUUAUUGCUCAUCAUGGAUAUUUGUCUCACAUCAUAGAGAGUAUUGCUAAGAGCGACAGUCAACUGUGCACUACAUUGGCAAAUGUUCCUGAAAAUAUGAAAUACCUUUACGUGUAUGAGUCAAAGAUGUCAAUGUUAAUUCGAUUUGCAAAUAACUACACUGGUGCAGAACUUUUACUCUCAAAUAAGGUAUUAGAGGUGUUGUCAGGCAUGAAAGUAUUUGACAUGCACCCAGAUUUAAAACGAAAGGAAGUGUGGCAACAAAAUGAAAACAGGAAUUUUGUUCCUGGUUUCGACUAUCGCUUUAGACAAAUACUCUUUCCAACCUUAAAUCUAUGUGAUUGUUUGUUGUCAACAUUGGGCACUGAAAACUACUCGGUCAUCUCACAAGUGAUGCAUUUCUUACUCUCCCACUGGGAUAUGAUAGAAAUAAUACUCAGAUCUGGCUCACCAUUUUCGGAUCUUGGAUUAUUACAGGAAUUAUCGCUUAUUACUGGAGUAAUUGCCCGAACUUUUAACCAGGAAACUUUAACCUUGGUCAAUAUAGAUACAACCGGAGAUACAGGGGUUAAUCUAUAUCGUGUUCAAAAACUUAUGCUGUCAAUAUACAUGCGAUUUAUAAUAAGCGAUGUUAACUUUAAAGAGAUGCUCAAGCCAGAAAAUGCUUUAUAUGAGCAAACAGAGGGAAACCAAUUGCUCCAUAUUAGAUAUUUUCUGGAAAUUGCAGCUAAUUUAACCUUGUUCUGUCGAAAUAUUAUUACAAACAAUUCAGCUGAUCAUAAAACGAAUGGGCUUUUAUUUUCUCCACACAUCAAUGAAACCCUACAAAGUGCGGACAAUAAUUUAAAUAACGUGUAUAAUCAUUACAACUUGGGUAUCGUAGUAAAUCAACUCAAAGGUACUGUGGAGUAUUAUCACACACAAAAAGGAAUUUUCGAAGGAGUAGUGCGACAGCGGUCAGUUCUUGAUAAUAUCAACUUUGAUACUACAGGAAAGGAAAGGUACCUUCAGUUAAGUCAACAGCUUACCGAGAAACAAAAUAUUUUAUAUAUGUGCGUAUUUAUCGCUGAACAAUGCUUGUAUCUACUUUGGAGUCAUCUUGAUUAUUAUAUGAGAUUUUCAACUACAACAAAGACUGUAUCAAAUGUAUACGAGGAAUCUGGAUACAAAGACGAUAUUGUUAAUGAAUAUAAGUGUAACAGCGAUGAUCUGGACAAAUUGAAAAAGAAACUUGUAUUGGUAUUUAAUGAAACGUUUUCGAGACAGUUAUGUAUAACAUCUGACACUUUUGAGAACAAGGAAGCACCGUUUAAUAUUGCCCUCUUGCGUAGAAUAAAAUCACUUAUACAAUAUUAUCCAACUAAAUAAUUUGAUGUUAUUAGAAUUGUGAAAUAAAAAUUGAUCUACAAAUAAAAUGUAUAAUAUAAAAAGUA